ACGCGCGUCGUCGUGCGCCGGUUACCCUGCGUCCGGGUCGGUGGUCCCGGCAGCUUCUAGGCCCGCGCCAUGCGGCUCCUCGGGUGGUGGCAGGUCCUGUUGUGGGUGCUGGGGCCUCCCGCCCGCGGCCUGGAGGUUGCAGAGGACAGCGGUCACUUGCAGUCAGAGGAGCAGCAUGCUCCCUCCCUGCAGGCGGGAGCUGUGUUGGCCAGUGAGGAGGACCCCCCGCGCGGCCUCGCAGACCAGGACAUGUCGGCAGGAGAGGCCGGUUCUGUGCUGGGGCUGGACCCUGACGGCGACCACGUGGUGAUGCUGUCUGUAAUCCCCGGGGAGACCGAGGACAAGCUGAGUCCCGAGCCCAGUGGUGGCACCUGUGGGGCCCGAGGGGAGGAGGACUCGAGGUGCAGUCUCCGGGAGCACAUCUUCUCUCUGGAUGGCGUGGGACCAGGCUUCCAGGACAGGGAGGAGGAGUAUUACUCAGAGCCUGAAGUGGCCGAAUCCGACCCGGCCCCACCCGAGGACUCCAAUAACACGGAAAGUCUGAAAUCCCCCAAGGUGAACUGUGAGGAGAGAAAUGUGACGGGAUUAGAAAACUUCACUCUGAAAAUUUUAAAUAUGUCACAGGACCUUAUGGAUUUUCUAAACCCAAAUGGUAGUGACUGCACGCUAGUCCUGUUUUACACGCCGUGGUGCCGAUUUUCUGCCAGUUUGGCCCCUCAUUUUAAUUCUCUGCCCCGGGCGUUUCCAGCUCUUCAUUUUUUGGCACUGGAUGCAUCUCAGCACAGCAGCCUUUCUACCAGGUUUGGCACCGUAGCUGUUCCUAACAUUUUAUUAUUUCAAGGAGCUAAGCCAAUGGCUAGAUUUAAUCAUACAGACCGAACAUUGGAAACACUGAAAGUCUUCCUUUUUAACCAGACAGGUAUAGAAGCCAAGAAAAAUGUGGUGGUAACUCAAGCUGACCAAAUAGGCCCUCUUCCCAGCACUUUGAUAAAAAGUGUGGACUGGCUGCUUGUAUUUUCCUUAUUCUUUUUGAUUAGUUUUAUUAUGUACGCUACCAUUCGAACUGAGAGCAUUCGGUGGCUAAUUCCAGGACAGGAGCAGGAACAUGCUGAAUAGCAACGGACUGAAAGGAGACGUCAGGACAAGAAAUUUCAGAAAUUAAUGCUGCACUUCCUUAUAUAUUCUCCAGUGAAGUACUGACUUACAGCUUUAGUCAGAUUAAAAGGAUCAUGCAUUUGUUGAACUGUUGAAUGUGUUAAAAAAUUAUAAAUUGGUCUUUUAAUUAGUACCGCAAAAAACAAAUGCAAAUUCAACAGAAGUCACCAUUCUUGUUUUUACUAAUCCAAUAUUUUAAGGGGGUAAUCCAGUUUCAAAUGGGAGCUGUGUUCAGGUGGAACAGUGCGUAGAAUGAUAGUUGGCUUCAUAGGAGGAGGAAAUAGGACUUUUCACAGUAUAGUUCUAGAGAAGUCUUGAUUCCUAAAAAGUCUUUAUGUCUAAGAAGGUUGGUUUCCGUUCAUUUGCAGUUUUUCUCUCAGAGCCUGUAAGCAGGAAAAUGUCCUGUUGUGGAAGAACUAGAAUUGAUAAGUGUGACCUUGUAAGUAACUGGGAAAAUAAAAGACUCAAGUACUUGG